AUGCGUUCCCGCCUCGUACUCGACACAUCUAUCCGCACCUUCACGCACAACACGGCGACCCCAUCCUUCUCCGCUGGCCGACCACAACUCCCUUUCCUCUCGAUACCCUCCAGUCGCCAGCGCUUCCAGCGCCAACAGUGGCGCUACCUCACAACCGAGCGCAAGGCUUGGAUUCGGCGUGAGGUCGGCCUCGCGGUCAAGUGGACCGCCUAUCUGUGGGCCCUGGCCUUUUGUGUUCUCGGCGCCGGCUAUGCCAUCCAGCAGGAGUUCCUGGAGCGCCGCUUCCCCACGCCGCACGAGUGGUCCUUCAUAACGCGCAUGUUGAAGCGGGGCGCCGAGGCCGAGAAGGCCAAGACCAAUAUUGUCGUCGCUGACUGGGUCAGGAUCGUGCAGAUGCUGCGCGACGCACUCGCCCGCCUCGAAGAUCCUGCCGGCGACGGCCGUGGCCUAACGGACCUGAGCGGCCGCCCUGGCACGCCGCCCGGCUCCAAGGACAUAUCUGCCAUGCCUGAGGCGUGGAGGAGGGGCUACUACGAGGCGCUGAUGCUGUACUGCCAGGCAUCGGAGCGCGUGGACGGCUGGGUUCUCGACAAGACGAGAGGCAUUGCCUUCCCGCCCGACGUCGUCCGUGGCCCAUCUAACCCCUUCCCGAAGCCCAUCCCGCCGGGGGCCACCUCUGCGCCGCGCGAGGAGGACUGCGUGCCGGCUGGGUUUCCAGUCCCAGACGAAGUGUAUCUGAAGCUCAUCGCGACCGAAGGGCUGACCACCAGGCAGCGCAUAGACGCUGUGCUGUCGUACGCGAAUUGGCUCGAGUACAAGGGCGCAGUCGGCCCGGCGGCGGUCAUGUACGAAGACGCGGUGCAGAUGGCGGCGGAGGAGAUCCACACACCGGGCGCACCGCCGCUGCUCGACACGGACACAGCGGUGCUAAGCGCCAAGCCAGCGCGCCAGCCCUCUGCCAACCUCCUCGCAGCCCUCACCGCUCUAGCAACAUUCAAGGCGCGCACCGGGCCCGCACCUGACGCCUUACCCAUCCUCACUUCCUUGCUCCAGGCCCGGCGGUCUCUACCUGCCACUGCGACGACGUCUCCUGUCCCCGAAGGCGACACCACCUUCCUUGACCACAGGGGCCCCAUUCAGAGAACCCUGGACAUCUUCCGCCCGCCGGCCUAUCCGCCUCCACCCCCAGAUGGGUCAGCGCCCCCCACACGUGACAGCAGGGAGCUUUGUGAGGAGGCCGCUCUGCACCUGCACAUCGGCGAGAUCAUGUACACCCUCCAGGCCUCCACGCGCGAAGAUGGGCUCGCCUGGACCAGAGAGGGUGUCGACCUCGCCGAGGAGGAGCUCCACAGAGUCCUCAGCCAGGGCGCCGCUACCGGCGAUGCCGCCGCCAGAAAGACGUGUAGGGAGUGCCUGGCGUCUGGCUUGGGCAAUUGGGCAACAAUGGUAAGGCGAAUGGCCAGUAUGGAGGAAGAGGCUGCGAGGGCCAGCGGGACCAAGUCGACUGCGGGGUGGUUUGGCUUGUGGUCGGUGAGCAAGGCAAGUCAGGAGGAGCAGGAAGGGGGUAGAUGGGCCGCCGAGGAGAAGGUCGUUAGCGAGAGGACGAGGAGGGCACAAGAUAUUUUAGAGGAUUUGGAAAAACCACGUGCUGGCUUGAUGUCUGGACUUGUCAAGGCAUAA